UGACAUUCGAGGGUCUGCCGGUGGGGAACCGCUUGGAAGGUUGGAGACCGAUCGCCUCCUUGUUGGUGCGACGCUAUUAUCCGGAUCGGGACUGCGAGCCUCGUGGCGUGAUGAUCAUGACGCUGCGAUUCCCAUGGCGCUCUAGUCCAGGCUCUGCUUCCACCAGAUUUUACGAGGCGUGUUGAAGUAAUACAUUCGGUCGAGCUGUGGCCGAGCAUUGUCAGGGCACACACGAAGAAUGUACCGAUCAGGCACCAGAGCACUGAGGGUUUGUGAAGGACUCGGCACACGUUCACAAUCGUCCUUGGAGGAAUCCACGAACCGUAUCGGGCUCAAGAACCACUUCUCGGUAAAGAGAUGUCUGUCUGCCAUAGCGCUGAAUGACGGGCUCUGCCGAAACGUAUUCAAGACGAACAUUCGGAUUUAAUCGGGGCAUACACAAACCUGGCUAAUUGACCUGCGUC